AUGCAACCAAGCUGCAGAAAUUCAGACUGUCAUCUCCAAGACAACUGUGUGUACAACGAGAAAAGAAAACAACCUUUUGGUUGGGCUUAUUUUUCCUCUCCAACUUACAUGGUCAGCGCAGGUGCUCGCGAAGUCUCUUGCCUGGUGCAUUUUCAAAGGCACCACGUCACCUCAGAUACAGGAUCGAAAACAGUAGAUAAAAGCUGUAUCGAAGACAACUCCAAAUCACUCGUUGAGGAACAGGAAACUGAAAAGCCCAGAAAAAGCUUGCAGAACCACAGCGUAGAGACAGAGUCAGUGAAUGCGAGGAGAACUUCGACAUCCAAAAAUUCACUGACACCGACAACCGAUAUAUUCUACGUUCCAUUCGAGGUUCGACCUGGAAGUGCGCAGCCUGGAAUUCAUUACGAACCCAUCUCUGCAGGUGUACUGCAUUUUACAGGUGAAGAGAAGGAACACUCAAUUUUAAUUGGACUAAAUGUGGAUAAUUCAGUUCCGGUCUGCUCGGAGCCUUUGGACUUUUAUGUUAUCCUUAGCAGUCAUCACUCGAACCAACUCAAGCGAGAAGAAAAUGCAGAUCCUGAAGAAGAACAAAAUAGUCCAAAUCGUUUGCGAGUUGCAACGCCGGCCAGUCCUUCUGUUGCUCGUGUUUUACUACUGCCGUCGGAUGCAAGUGACUGUCUCGAGAUGCAAACCAGUCAUUAUUACGCCACACCGGACUCAACAUCAGUCGUUGUUGCUGUGAUUCGUCGAGGUCCGUGUCAACAAUUCUGCCAAGUUGAAAUCUUCACCAGAGAUGGUACGGCGGGAGCUGCUGAGAGCAAUAAUGAGAAUGGCGACUACUUGCCUCUGACAAAAGACAUUGAAUUCCAGCCUGGCGUUUCUUCCCAUCUUAUCAGUAUACAGCUGAUACACCGUAAACCAAACAACCGAUACUUCUUUGCAGAGCUUCGAAAUCCAAGAGGAAACUGCAAGCUCGGUGAACACAAGGUGGCAAUCUGUUACCUCAACUCAGUGGACGGUGCAGCAGACGCUCAAGAUGUGGUGGAAGGUGACAUUAGCUGGUCCGAUCAAUUCCGGAUGGCAAUCACGCUUAUUCCCAGCGUGGAUGAAAACGGUAUACAAGUCCCCCUGACGAAUAUGGAUUAUGCGCUACAUGGAGUCACUUUCUUCUGGAAACUACUCAGCGCUUUCCUUCCACCAAGCCGGGUUACGGUGAAAAAGAGGAAGGCUUUCGCCGCAGAGUUCUUUAUUAAGGAAACACCAACUGAACAGUUACAGACUAUUGGUCGGGGGAGCAAAACUCUCAUACGCAUCUUGUUAACAAAACUGAAUACCCAUCUCCUCCUUAAACCCAAAGUACUUGGGAGGCUAUUUGACCUUUUGUUUGUCCCUUAUCUUCAUUGGAAUCUUGACGGCUAUUGUGGAGGAGCUCCAUGUGCCACGCAUAAAAGUGUCGUAAGUACGCAGGGAGCCCACAAUGGCAAGCAAACACAAGUCACUGACUGCGACCUUAGGAAGUCCCAGUCCAAUAACAGCCUUAGCGGAUUGAGGAAAGCAGAUCCCUCGAUAGGAGAUGAUCACCGGUUGGUGAACCAAAAAGUCGAUAUCACAACCGAUGGCAUGUAG